UUCUCCACCCCUGCUCUGGUUUCUCCACCUCCAGCACCUCUUAAUGCGUCUGGACCAUUUAUUCUCCCUUUUUUUGUAGUGCAGCAACAUCUGGAAGCAGUCAGAGAGUCUACAUGGGAGGAGGAGAGGAGAGGAGGGGGGGGGCUUGGUUUGGUUCGCCCCCCCUUCCUCGCGCGCGCGCUCCCUCCCUCCCUCUCUCCCUCUCCUUCUCUCUCUCUCUCCACACACACAAGUAUUACUGCAGAGAGGCAGGCGAGCCGGAGCGCGCUCCGCAAAGGCCACCGAGAAACUCCUGCAUUUUCUGUUUUUUUCCUCCUCCUCCUCCUCCUUCCUUCCUCCUCUCCCUCCGUUAUGGACUCGGCACGAGCCACUCCGAUUCCCUUCUCCGGAGCGGCAGCAGCAGCAGGCGCGCGGCACACAUGGAAUCGAUCACAGGAGAAGAUUUAACCCCGUGAGAUCCGAUCUGGAAUACGCCAGCCCUACCUUUCCUUCUCUUUCUUCUUCUUCUCUUCUUCUUCACCCUUUUUUCUCGCUCUCGCGGUCGCCAGCCUCCUCCUCCUCCUCCUCCUCCUUCUUCCCCCCCAUUUUUAACCCCCUUCUUGCUGCUGCAUCCACGGAAAGGGGCGACCACUUCAAAGAAGAAGAAGAAGGGAUUAAAAAAAAAAGCAGCAGCAAGUGGGUGCUGAGGGGGGGGGGGGUGGGGGGUGUCGUGUUUCUUAGGCAAGGCCCGGAUGUUCCAAGGAUGCACUGGUUCGUUCUGCUAGGCGCCUCGAGCCUGUACCCGUCUCUGUUUUCUCACUCCAUAACGGGGAUCAGGUAAUAUUAACUCCAGCCAGAGGAAAAAGGGAGAAACUCGUCCUUCUUUUUUUCCCCCCUUCUUCAUUUUUUCCCUCCCCCGCCCCCCCACCACCUCUUUCCCCUUUCCUCCUCUUCCUCCACCUCUUUACACCCCCCCCUCCAAAAAAACCCACCCACCCCUUUGAUUUCUUUCCCAUCUUGGGUUGUUUCCCUCCCACCCCUCUUCUAUUUCUUUCUUUCUUUUUUUAUUUUUUAAAAACAACCUUUCCUCCGUCCACGUUCACCUUACGGAUAAAACAGGCUGGACUACAUAUAUGGUCAAUGAGAGCAAGAACAUGUACAUACCGGAGGAAACCCUUGAAAACCAUCAAGGCUCCAACUACUCCAGCCCGUCUCUGGCUCCGGUGGCCAGUCUGAAUGAGCAGGAGCAUGGCGGAGGUGGUGGUGGCGGAGGUGGCGGAGGUGGAGGUGGUGUAGUAGGCUUGGCCCCGGAGCACAUCCCCACACCGGGCGCUGCUCUCAGUUGGCAGGCGGCCAUCGACGCGGCUCGACAAGCCAAGCUGAUGGGCAACGCCGGGGCCCCCAUCUCCACGGCCAGCUCCACCCAGCGCAAGCGGCAACACUACAGCAAGCCCAAGAAGCAGGCCACUACGGCGGCCACGCGGCCCCCGCGAGCCCUGCUCUGCCUCACCCUCAAAAACCCCAUCCGAAGGGCCUGCAUCAGCAUUGUGGAGUGGAAUUCCAGACCCUUUGAAAUCAUCAUUUUGAUGACUAUUUUUGCUAACUGCGUGGCCUUAGCUGUGUACAUCCCCUUCCCAGAGGACGACUCCAACGCCACCAACUCCAACCUGGAGCGAGUGGAGUAUCUCUUCCUCAUCAUCUUCACAGUGGAGGCGUUUCUGAAGGUGAUUGCGUACGGGCUGCUGUGCCACCCAAACGCGUACCUGAGGAACGGCUGGAACCUGCUGGACUUCAUCAUUGUGGUUGUAGGGUUGUUCAGUGCUAUAUUAGAGCAGGCGACUAAAGGGGAUGGAGGCACGCCGAUUGGAGGGAAGGCGGCAGGGUUUGAUGUGAAGGCCCUGCGAGCGUUCAGAGUGCUCAGACCUUUACGACUGGUGUCUGGAGUGCCCAGUUUACAGGUAGUGUUGAACUCUAUCAUCAAAGCCAUGGUUCCCCUGCUGCACAUCGCCCUGCUCGUACUCUUCGUCAUCAUCAUCUACGCCAUCAUCGGCCUAGAGCUCUUCAUGGGGAAGAUGCACCGCACAUGCUAUUUCUUCAGAGAUGGAAUAAAAGGUGCUAUAGCUGAGGAGAAGCCGGCACCCUGCGCCCAGAACUCUGCCCAUGGGCGCCACUGCACCCCGCCCAACAUCACCAAGUGCGAUCUGGGAUGGGAGGGUCCGAAUGACGGCAUCACGAACUUUGAUAACUUUGCGUUUGCCAUGCUGACAGUGUUUCAGUGCAUCACCAUGGAGGGCUGGACUGAUGUUCUCUACUGGAUGCAGGAUGCUAUGGGCUAUGAGCUUCCCUGGGUCUAUUUUGUCAGUCUCGUCAUCUUUGGAUCCUUUUUCGUUCUAAAUCUGGUUCUGGGGGUGUUGAGCGGAGAGUUCUCUAAAGAGCGUGAGAAAGCGAAGGCACGUGGAGAUUUCCAGAAGCUACGUGAAAAGCAGCAGCUUGAGGAGGAUCUGAAGGGCUACCUGGACUGGAUCACACAAGCAGAGGACAUCGACCCAGAGAACGACGAUGAGGGACUGGAUGAUGACAAACCCAGAAACCUGAGCAUUCCAGCGAGUGAGAACGAGUCGGUGAACACUGAUAACGCUCCAGCUGGAGACAUGGAGGGAGAAACCUGCUGUACUCGCCUGGCAAAUAGGAUCUCCAAAUCCAAGUUCAGCCGGUAUUCACGCCGCUGGAACCGCCUGUGCCGGCGAAAGUGUCGGGCUGCUGUGAAGUCAAAUGUGUUUUACUGGCUGGUGAUUUUUUUAGUGUUCCUGAACACCCUGACCAUCGCCUCGGAGCACCAUCAGCAGCCGCAGUGGCUCACAGAUGUACAAGAUAUCGCCAACAAGGUCCUCCUGGCUCUCUUUACCGGCGAGAUGCUCCUGAAGAUGUACAGUUUGGGGCUGCAGGCAUAUUUCGUCUCGCUCUUUAAUCGUUUCGAUGGUUUCGUGGUGUGUGGUGGGAUCCUGGAGACGAUCUUGGUGGAGACAAAGAUCAUGUCACCUCUUGGCAUCUCAGUGCUGCGCUGCGUGCGCCUGCUGCGCAUCUUCAAAAUCACCAGGUACUGGAACUCUCUCAGCAACCUGGUGGCAUCUUUGCUGAACUCUGUGCGCUCCAUCGCCUCCCUGCUGCUGCUGCUCUUCCUCUUCAUCAUCAUCUUCAGUCUGCUGGGCAUGCAACUGUUUGGUGGGAAGUUCAACUUUGACGAGACACGUCGUAGCACCUUUGACAACUUCCCCCAGUCUUUACUCACAGUCUUUCAGAUUUUGACUGGAGAGGACUGGAACUCAGUGAUGUACGAUGGGAUUAUGGCGUAUGGUGGGCCGUCAUUUCCUGGCAUGCUUGUGUGCAUCUACUUCAUCAUUCUCUUCAUUUGUGGAAACUACAUCCUCCUCAAUGUGUUCUUGGCCAUCGCUGUGGACAACCUGGCAGACGCAGAGAGCCUGACAUCAGCUCAGAAAGAGGAAGAGGAAGAAAAGGAGAGGAGGAAACUGGCCAGAAUGGCCAGUCCGGAGAAGCGGCAAGACAAUGAGAAACCUCCGAUAGAGGAAGAGAAAAGAGAAGAGAAGAUUGAGCUGAAAUCAAUCACUUCAGAUGGAGAAACACCAACCACCACCAAGAUCAAUAUCGAUGACUACACGGGCGAUGAGAAUGAGGAGAAGAAUCCGUAUCCAGUGAACGACUUCCCAGGAGAGGAGGAUGACGAAGAGCCAGAGAUGCCGGUAGGUCCGAGGCCACGCCCACUUUCUGACAUCCAGCUGAAGGAGAAAGCUGUUCCCAUGCCAGAGGCCAGAGCCUUCUUCAUCUUCAGCCAUACUAACAAGUUUCGAGUUCUGUGUCAUAAGAUUGUCAACCACAACGUCUUCACCAACCUCAUCCUGUUCUUCAUCCUGCUGAGCAGCAUCUCUCUGGCAGCGGAGGACCCGGUGAAGAGCGACUCUUUCAGAAACCAGAUUCUCAGCUAUGCAGAUCAUGUGUUUACAGGUCUCUUCACUAUAGAGAUCAUAUUAAAGAUGACAGCGUACGGCGCGUUCCUCCAUAGGGGUUCCUUCUGUCGUAACUACUUUAACAUUCUGGACCUGGUGGUGGUCAGUGUCUCUCUCAUCUCCUCAGGGAUUCAGUCGAGUGCCAUUAAUGUAGUGAAGAUUUUGCGAGUUCUCAGAGUCCUCAGACCCCUGAGGGCCAUCAACAGAGCCAAGGGCCUCAAACAUGUAGUCCAGUGUGUGUUCGUGGCCAUCCGCACGAUCGGGAACAUCGUCAUCGUCACCACGCUGCUGCAGUUCAUGUUUGCUUGUAUUGGAGUGCAGCUCUUUAAGGGCAAGUUCUACUACUGCACAGACUCUUCCAAGCAGACGCAGGCAGAGUGCAGGGGGACUUAUAUUCUGUAUAAGGAUGGAAAUGUUGGGAAGCCGGAGAGAGCUCAGCGUAUGUGGGAGAACAGUGACUUCAACUUUGAUGAUGUCCUGCAAGGAAUGAUGGCCUUGUUUGCUGUGUCCACUUUUGAGGGAUGGCCAGGGCUGCUGUACCGAGCCAUCGACUCCCACGCUGAAGAUGUUGGCCCCAUCUACAACUACCGUGUAGUCAUCUCCAUCUUCUUCAUCAUCUACAUCAUCAUCAUUGCCUUCUUCAUGAUGAACAUCUUCGUAGGUUUCGUCAUUGUCACCUUCCAGGAGCAGGGAGAGCAGGAGUACAAGAACUGCGAACUGGACAAGAACCAGCGGCAGUGUGUAGAGUACGCCCUGAAGGCGCGGCCGCUGCGCAGGUACAUUCCUAAAAACCCGUAUCAGUAUAAGGUCUGGUACGUGGUCAACUCCACCUACUUUGAGUACCUGAUGUUCACGCUAAUCCUGCUCAACACCAUCUGCUUGGCGAUGCAGCACCACGGUCAGUCUGCGUCCUUCAACAUCGCCAUGAACAUCCUCAACAUGCUUUUCACCGGUCUUUUCACUGUGGAGAUGAUCCUCAAGCUCAUUGCCUUCAAGCCCAGGGGUUACUUUAGUGACCCCUGGAAUGUUUUUGACUUCCUCAUCGUAAUUGGCAGCAUUAUAGACGUCAUUCUGAGUGAAAUAAACCCAGCUGACCCGUCCGCCUCCACCCCCUCGUCUGUGGUAAGACCAAUGCAAAGAGAAAACCAGAACCCGGAAGAUAACGCCAGAAUCUCCAUCACCUUCUUCCGGCUCUUUCGAGUGAUGAGACUGGUCAAGCUGCUAUCUCGCGGAGAAGGAAUCCGGACUCUGUUGUGGACCUUCAUCAAAUCCUUCCAAGCUCUUCCAUAUGUAGCACUGCUCAUUGUGAUGCUCUUCUUCAUCUACGCUGUUAUUGGAAUGCAGGUGUUUGGGAAGAUAGCGCUGAGGGACAACAGCCAGAUCAACCGAAACAACAACUUUCAGACCUUCCCACAAGCUGUGCUGCUGCUCUUCAGGUGUGCGACGGGUGAGGCGUGGCAGGAGAUCAUGCUGGCCUGCUCCCCUAACCGGCCGUGUGAGAAGGGCUCUGAAGAGGGUCCUUCCAGUGAAGACUGUGGCAGUCACUUUGCCAUUAUCUACUUUGUCAGUUUCUACAUGCUCUGUGCCUUUCUGAUUAUCAACCUGUUUGUGGCUGUCAUCAUGGACAACUUUGACUAUCUGACACGUGAUUGGUCAAUCCUGGGGCCACAUCAUCUGGAUGAGUUUAAGAGGAUAUGGGCAGAGUACGACCCUGAGGCCAAGGGGAGAAUUAAGCAUCUGGAUGUGGUGACAUUACUGAGGAGGAUUCAGCCGCCUCUGGGCUUUGGCAAACUCUGUCCCCACAGAGUGGCCUGCAAGCGCCUGGUGUCCAUGAACAUGCCUCUGAACAGUGACGGCACAGUGAUGUUCAACGCUACUCUGUUUGCCCUGGUGCGCACAGCCCUACGCAUUAAAACUGAAGGUAACCUGGAGCAGGCAAAUGAAGAACUGAGGGCAAUAGUGAAGAAAAUCUGGAAGAGAACCAGUAUGAAGUUGCUGGACCAGGUUGUUCCCCCAGCUGGAGAUGACGAGGUGACAGUAGGGAAGUUCUAUGCCACAUUCCUCAUCCAGGAAUACUUCAGGAAGUUCAAGAAGCGGAAGGAGCAGGGCCUUGUGGCUAAAGUGCCCCCAAAGUCAGCUCUCUCUCUGCAGGCUGGCCUGCGUACGCUGCAUGACAUGGGUCCAGAGAUCAGGAGGGCCAUAUCCGGUGACCUGACCGUGGAGGAGGAGCUGGAAAAGGCCAUGAAGGAGACGGUGUGUGCCGCAUCUGAGGAUGAUAUCUUCAGGGUAAAGCGAUCAGGCGGCCUCUUCGGAAACCAUGUGAACUAUUACCAUCAGAGUGACGGCCGCGCCUCCUUCCCACAGUCCUUCACCACUCAGCGACCGCUGCACAUCAGUAAGUCAGGCAGCCCUGGAGAGGGAGAGUCACCAUCGCAUGAGAAACUGGUGGACUCCACCUUCACACCAAGCAGCUACUCCUCCUCAGGUUCCAACGCCAACAUCAACAACGCCAACAACACCGCCAUCGGACACUGUUACCCCAGCCCCUCCAUCAGCACUGUGGACGGCCACACCAGACCACUGCUCACACCUGUACUACUGCCUCACUCCUCAUGGUGCUUCCCUAACAAGAGCUCGGACUCGAGUGACAGCUGCCUCCCUAUAAUCCGUCAGGAGGAGGCGUCCAGAGAUGAAACAUAUGACGAGAUGUUCACAGAGAGAGAGUGCCACCGUGAUCAGAACAUGCUGUCCACUGAAAUGUUGGCGUUACAAGAUGAAGAGUGUAAGCAGCUAGCUGAGAUGGAGGAAGGAGAAGUGGGUGAGGACAGAAGACCGUGGCAGUCUCCCCGACGAGCCUUUCUUUGUCCUACUGCACUGGGCAGACGAUCUUCCUUUCAUCUAGAAUGUCUACGGAGACAUACCAGAGCUGAUUCUUCUCAGAAGACAACAGUACCCCUGCACUUAGUCCACCACCAGGCGCUGGCAGUUGCAGGGCUGAGCCCCUUGCUCCGAAGGAGUCAUUCUCCAACUCUGUUCACUCGUCUGUGCUCCACACCUCCUGCCAGUCCCUGCACCCAAGGGCCAGGUGGGCUGUGCGAUCAGCCUGUACCCUCACUGAGGCUGGAAGGAACUGGUUCCUGCGAGAAGCUCAACAGCAGUCUACCAUCAGUCAACUGUGGCACGUGCCGCAGCGACAGCAAUGGAAAUGACACCAGGGGCUCUCGGAGAGCGCUGCGUCCCGUCUCUCUAACAGUGCCGUCUGUAACAUGCAAAGAGACGGGCUUACUGUCGCACGGCAGCGCUGGCAGUCUUGUGGAAGCGGUGAGGAAAAGACACUCUCUCAGUGCCUCACUUUCUGUUUUUGGUUCAUCUAAUCAGUUUAUCUCCAAAACACCAGCAACUGAUGCAGUGUUGAUAUCUGAGGGGCUGGGUUGCUAUGCACAGGAUCCCUCCUUCAUUGCAGUGGCCAAGCAGGAGCUUGCUGAUGCAUGUGAGAUGACAAUGGAGGAGAUGGAGAACGCAGCAGAUAAUAUACUUAAUGCCAACGGACCUCCCAGCCCUAACGGCAACCUUCUGCCCUACAUGCACUGCAGGGAUGCUGGGACCCAGGAACCACUGCGGAGCAACAGCCAGGGGCUGUCCAGAGCUGGGGAAACGGAGGAGCUGCUAAGAAGUGGACUGGAGGACCACGAGAAUGGGGCAGGGGGGCUGCGGGCAGCUGGGGGGAGUCAAAGGAACAGCGGGCUGAUGGAGGACGAGGACAUGGAGUGUGUGACCAGCUUGUAGGGAUAACAUCAGCACCGAGGACUUCCUCCGUCUCGCCCCACUCUUGUCCCCCGGCUCUCUGUGGGGACACUGGCGGCCUCUAGUCAGAACGGUCUCUUUCAAACCUGUAUUUAUUGUAGGAGUAUAAUGCAAUUUGACUUAGCCGAAACUGAUUUUGCUUUGUUUGUCUUUUCCUUUCUUUUUUUAAAAGGUGUGAAUGGCUGUGAGCGAAUGUGAUGCGCGAGUGCGUGCGAGUGAGUCUGUGGGCGUGCGAAUGCGAGAGUGACAGGGAGAGAAAGUAUCUAAAGUGCCUCACAGUUCUUAGAACUUUGACUGAGAGACUGAAGUAAAGAUGCAAAGACAAAAAAAGACUUUGACACAGAAAACGAAACAAAACAGACAAAAAAAGUAGAACUCUACUUCGUCACACGUCAUUUCUCGUCACGUCAUCGUAAAGGCGUCAUCAGCAGCGAAAGGCCGCCUGUGAGGGCUCAGUGGGGACCACGCUGGUCCGCCUCCAGCCGAGAAGACGUCGCGGAGCGGAAGCGGCUUCCUGCUCCUUUUCUUGCGCGCGUUCUCCGAUGUGCAGAGCAGUUCACUGGCAGGCUGUAGUCGGUAUCCUCCAGCAGGCCGCGGCGUGGUUGGAAAGGGGGCGUUUGUGGGAGCGCUGGGAGGAGGAGCAUACAACAGAGAGACUUUACAGUGCAGGAGCUGAAGCCUUGCGCAGCUCUCCUCUCUUCUUCCUCUGUUUUACCGACCACCAGGAGGAGGCCUGCAUCCCAGCCCGCCAUAUACCUCGACUUGUCCAUUGAUUCACUUUACUACUUUGCUCCUUUUAAUGAUUUGGCAUUGCUUUCUGAUUUCUUUUGUGACUCGUUUUCAUUUUGUGGGCCAGUUUGGUGUGUUUCUGAGAGCAGGAGGGGUUAAUCCACAGCUCUACUGCUGUCUCUCUUGCUCAGUGGCUGUGAACGGUUCAGGCCAUAGCAGUCGUGUCCACGCAUGCUGUAUUUGGUAACGUUCAGUAUUUUCAGCAUUAAAGAUCAAUUUUUUUCUCCUA